UAUGUAUUCCGAAAGCUUGUUUUAAAAUUUUGAAGCCUCAUUUUUUCAAUAUCUUCUUUUCUUGUCUAGAAAAUUUAAAACUUUAUGGUAGACAUAUUUUACAAUGUAUUUACAACAUGAUUGGAAUAAAUAGAAAUAAUUAUCGCAGUGACGCGUCAUUUUCGGCACCACCAUCUAUUCAAUCUCCAAUAAUUCCAUUACCCUUAACAUUUGAGUCCAUUAAUCGUUUAGAAGAAGAUUUAGAUUUCUAUGAAAUCGUAUCGCUUGUAUUUUUGCUAUAUGAUAAUGCACACACUGCAUUAGAGCAGUUAUCUAUUGCAAAAGUAACUGCAGGAGUAACUGGUAACCAGGUGGGAUUAAUAAGUGAAUGGGUGCGAAGUGUUCAAAAUAAUAAUCCAAAGUGGCAAGAAACAUUAUUGGAAGCAUUAACAAAUGUACAAUGUUAUAAAGUUUUAAGAAAAUUAGAAUUUUCGAAAGUGGAGAUGAAAGAACGUUUUUUACCUCUAAAUUACGAAUGUACGAUCAAUUUACAUCCUGUAAAAAAAGCGUUAUAUCGUUUAUGUGAAGAUUUAGACAAGGAUGUGAUUGAUACAUUAGUCAAGAAUGUUCAAUGUGAUUUGAUGGCACAAAAUGAACAACAAUCAAUUUUUACGAUAGACAAUCAAUAUCUCGAAAUGCAUAUAUUAAAUUGGAUGUCGAAACGCUACAUAAAUAUUGCGUAUGAUAAUACAAACGAUCUUACAAAAUUGAUCAAUUUAAUUGAACAAUUAAAUUUAGGAAGAUUGUUUGGUAAGCGAUUAGAAGCGAGUGUAAGUCGUGCAAAUCAAAUGUAUGAAGAAUUACUUGCGACUACAUUUAGAAAAAAAUUAGUGUUGGAUAAAAGUAGAAACAAUCCGGACAGUAUGACGUCUUUAUGUUCUUACUAUGAAGUAGAUGAAACAAAGCGGUACAAAAUGGAUCCAGAAAAAGCAGGACUAGUGAUAAUUAUUAAUCAAAAAAACUUUAAAUGUAAUAAUAUUGAAGAUAGAACAGGAACAGAUUUUGAUCGUGAUCGAUUGAAGAAUGUAUGGGAAAUGUUUGGGUUUAAGGUGGUUGUACACGAAGACCUAGACUUUCUUGAUAUUCAGAAGAAAAUUGAAGAAUCCAUUGAUAAGGACUUUAACAUAGAAUAUUGUUGUCUGGUUGUGAUAAUUUUAUCACAUGGUGAAAACGGUGCUAUUUUGGGUGUGGAUGGAGAAAGGGCAGAUAUUGAUGUGAUUGUACACAAAAUUAAGAAGAAAAAAAAAUUAUUAGACAUACCGAAAAUUCUAAUGAUACAAGCAUGCCAAGGCACUAUGAGGGAAAGGGCUAUUCCUUUAUCAAAGAAAACAGGAAAUGAAAAAGAAAAUUGUGAUGAAGAAGAAAAUUUAACUGAUGAUAGUCCUUCCAGUAAAAAAGAACCAACGGCUAUGGUAAAUGGAGAUUUUUAUCAAAUUAUUGCUACAACUCCUGGUUAUUCAUCAGUACGUGACAAAACAAAGGGUACAUGGUUAAUACAAAACUUUUGUGAAGCACUGGAAGAAAAUGGAUCUAGAGAUCAUUUUGAAGAUAUAAUUUUAACAACAAAAAGUAAAAUCAGAGAAAAAAGAUGGAGUGGCACUGGAAUGGUACCAGUAGUUGGUCCAAAUACCCUUAGUAAAUAUUUAUAUUUCAUUCCUGUACACAUGAUACAACGUCAGUAAAUUUCUGUGCAAUUUUGUGUUUUUAUUAAACGAUGUUGAGUAUUGGUCGAAAAUAAACAUUUAUGUCGUUGAAAUACGUAGUGGUUAGAAAAAUAGUGAAAAAUUUAACAUACUAUGGAAGACGUCAUUAAAAUGUGAAGGAAAAAAUCUAUUAUUUUGGUCAUGGUCAUUUUAAGGAUCUAAGAAGAAAUGAAUAUUAAUUUUUGUAUAUAAAAGGAUAAUUGUGCCUUGAAGUUAAAGUGAA